CAGAGCACCACCUGUGCCCCACUGUCCUGUCACUAAUCCCAGUCGGGUUUUGGGAGGGACCGGCUCGGCGUAGCGGGCUGGGUGCGGCUCGGCGGUGGAGGACUCCCUUCCGACUCCAUCCCCGGCUGGGCCCUGGGGCGGCAAUGGUGAGAAUAUCAAAGGUGCUAUAUUGAUCCACACUGAGGUCUGUUUAGGAACUGAUGACCCUCAAUGAUGUGGCUGGGGACUUCAUGGAAGAGAGGAUUACCUGGACAUCACUUAGAGAAUCCUCUUCAGGGAUGCCAUGGAGCACAGUUACAGGAGUGGGCUCUCAAAGGGAUUUCUAGACCAAGUGUAAUCUCCCAGCUGGAGCAGAAAGAAGAGCCAUGGGUUCUACCCCUCCAAAACUUUGAGGGGAGGAAGACCCUAAGAGAAAGUCAUUCAGACUUUGAGCAUCAGGUGGCGAAACUCAGUCGGGACAUUUCAGAUGGAGCAGAACAAUGUGGAACGUCGUCAGAAAGGAUCAAUAAAAGUAUUUCUCAUACUCCCAGUUGGGGAGGAAACUGGGAGAGCACCCUUCCAGGACAGGGUCAGCAGGAGCCCUUUACACAGGAGAGGGAUUUAAAUAAGUUUCUGGAGGGCUAUAUAGGAAAGAAGCCUAUGUGUGCGGAAUGUGGCAAAAGCUUUAACCAGAGCUCCUAUCUCAUAAGACACCUGAGAACCCAUACUGGCGAGAGGCCUUACAAAUGCAUCGAGUGUGGGAAGGGAUUCAAGCAGAGUUCAGAUCUUGUCACCCAUCGGAGGACACACACGGGAGAGAAGCCCUACCAAUGCAACGGGUGUGAGAAGAAGUUCAGCGACAGCUCGACACUCAUCAAACAUCAGAGGACACAUACAGGUGAGAGACCCUAUGAGUGUCCAGAGUGUGGGAAGACGUUUGGGCGGAAGCCACACCUCGUAAUGCACCAAAGAACCCACACAGGAGAGAAGCCCUACACCUGCCUCGAAUGUCAUAAAAGCUUUAGUCGAAGCUCAAAUUUCAUCACCCACCAGAGGACCCACACGGGCGUGAAGCCUUACAAGUGUGAUGACUGUGGGGAGAGUUUUAGUCAGAGCUCAGAUCUAGUAAAGCACCAGCGUACGCACACAGGAGAACGGCCCUUUAAGUGCCCCAAGUGCGGGAAGGGCUUUAGAGACAGUUCUCAUUUCAUCGCUCACAUGAGUACUCACUCAGGAGAAAGGCCUUUCAGUUGUCCCGACUGCCACCGCAGUUUCAGUCAGAGCUCACAUCUGAUCACACACCAGAGGAUACACACGGGCGAGCGACCUUACAAAUGUGACUACUGUGGGAAGGGAUUCGCGGACAGCUCUGCUCUCAUUAAGCACCAACGGAUUCACACUGGAGAAAGACCCUACAAGUGUGGGGAGUGUGGGAAGAGCUUCAGUCAGAGCUCCCACUUCAUUACCCAUCAACGGAUCCACUUAGGAGACAGACCCUAUCGAUGUCCGGAGUGCGGCAAGACCUUCAAUCAGCGUUCCCAUUUCCUCACACACCAGAGAACACACACAGGAGAAAAGCCCUUUCCCUGUAGUCAGUGUGACAAGAGCUUCCGUCAAAAAGCACAUCUGCUAUGCCAUCAAAACACCCAUUUGAUUUAGGAAUGAAUUCAAUUGUUCCCCUUUCAAAUUUCCAUUGCUCAUGCCUCAGGUACCCCAAAUAGAGAACACCCAGGCAUCAGUGGCUCGGUGGGCCUAAUCUGUUCUCUCUGUUUCUUUCCUAUUUUAUAACAGGAUAAACGUACAGGGUCCAGAUAAUGUUCUUCUGAACACAGACACCAUUCCUUCAGUGUGAGUGACUUAGAUAGGGAGACGUGCGUUGAAUGGUUGAUGCCUGGUUACUAAGCGAGUAGUGAGAAAUGUGGCCUAGAAAGCACAGUGAACCUCUUAGUACAGUGCCUGACCCAAAGCAGGCAUUCAAUUAAUCAAUAAUCACAUCGUCACUAUUAGUGAUUUAAUAUUUGAGGUCUUUAUGUAUAAAGCCAUUAAUGCAGGGCCUGGCCCUUAAAAGACAUUCAAGGGCCAGCAGGUGGCAUGGUGGUUAAGGUGCUGGACUU